AUGGAGUUUAGCCUCAUUGUGCUAGACCUUCAAGACGCAAGACUCGCCAAACGAUUACGCAGCAACAUCUCAAGGCGGGCGAGGCCUGGAUUUGGCGACGUCCGGGAGAUCAUCGUGAACCUUCUCGAGAACGUCGAACUCCAAGAGAUACCACAUCCUCAAGGCAUCAGAAAAUUCCACAACACACCUGUUAGGGACCUUUGGAUGGUUCUUUGGUAUUUAUACCACCGCCUUACUGAGACGGUUCUUGGUUUUGCCUACGGGCCAUCCAAGUGCCAAUGA